ACCUCUUUGGCGCAAACCAUUUGAGAAAAAGAGAGAGACAGAGACAGAGAGAAAAGGGUUUGAUUUUCCUGGAAAAUCCCAGUUUCCCUUUUCUCUUUCUCUCUUGUGUUUUGCGAUUUCGUUCUUUAGUUUGAUCGGCGUGAAAGAAAAAAAAAAAAAAGAACCUAUUUUUAUUUUCCAGGAACAAAAAAGUCCCCAACUUUUUAUCUUUUUCAAUUUUGAAUUUUGAGACUUGUUUGAUUUUCAAAACCAUGGUGUUAAUGGAGACGGAUAGUAUCGAAUGCGCGAUGGAGAACGAUGAGAUUCUUCAUCACAAAAACAAAAUCUCAUCAACCAAGUCUCAGGGAGGAGCCACCGUGGUGAUCUCUCCGGCGACUAGCGUUUACGAGCUCCUUGAAUGCCCUGUCUGCACUAAUUCUAUGUACCCACCUAUUCAUCAGUGUCAUAAUGGGCAUACGUUAUGCUCGACCUGUAAAACAAGGGUGCAUAAUCGGUGUCCGACUUGUAGACAAGAGCUUGGAGAUAUUAGAUGUUUGGCUCUUGAGAAAGUGGCUGAGUCGCUUGAGCUACCUUGCAAGUAUUACAAUCUUGGAUGCCCUGAGAUAUUCCCUUAUUACAGCAAACUUAAGCAUGAGUCUGUGUGCAACUUUAGACCUUAUAGUUGUCCUUAUGCUGGCUCAGAGUGUCCUGUUGUAGGAGACACCAGUUUCCUUGUAGAUCAUUUAAGAGAUGAUCACAAAGUCGAUAUGCACUCUGGAUGUACGUUUAACCACCGUUAUGUCAAAUCCAAUCCACGAGAAGUAGAGAACGCAACUUGGAUGCUUACGGUAUUUCAUUGUUUUGGACAAUACUUUUGUCUUCAUUUUGAAGCGUUUCAACUAGGUAUGGCUCCAGUAUACAUGGCGUUUCUGAGAUUCAUGGGCGAUGAAGAAGACGCACGAAACUAUACAUACAGCUUAGAAGUUGGAGGCAGUGGGAGAAAACUCUCAUGGGAAGGAACCCCAAGAAGCAUCAGAGAUAGUCACAGGAAAGUUAGAGACAGUCACGACGGUCUUAUAAUCCAAAGAAACAUGGCACUCUUCUUCUCCGGUGGAGAUAGGAAAGAGCUGAAACUUAGAGUCACCGGAAGAAUCUGGAAAGAGCAACAGAAUCCAGAUUCUGGUGUUUGCAUACCAAACAUGUGUGUGUAGCUGAAUCAGAACCAACCAACUCUCUAAACCUAUUUUCAGUUGUUCGAUCUCUUUGAUCUGUUUCACGUGGUUUAGUUUUGGUUUGGUGUGUUUUUUGAUUCAGACAGUUUCUUGUCAUCCAAAAGUGUAUUUAGAGAAGAAAAAAGAGUUGUUCUAUUUUGCCAGAAA